AGGAUUUUGGAUUCCGAAGAAGAAUGGAAUGUGGAAAGGCAUUACUCGCUGCUAACUAUAAAUAUUUAUUGUUUAUUUAAUUAAAAAAGUAAUAGUAAUAAAUUGGUCGUAUGAAAGGGUGAGGGCGGGUGUGUGUAUAUAUAUAUAUAUAUAGAAAGUGGAUGGUUCUCAGAGAAAAGCCGUUUUGUGCGCUUAUUUUGGACUUUGGAGAGCGAAAAAGGCCACAUUUCUCUCACUACUCACUCCCUCUCAUCUCAACCGAACUGAUUUUCUCAUUUCUCCGCAGCUCGGAGAUGGAGGCCAACGAAUUCGAUCACGAGGAGCAGUGUUCAUAAAAACCAAGUGUUUUCUUCUUUCAGUGAAGCUACGAGAUUUCGAAAGUUGUGGGAGCUUUGUGAUUUGAAUUUGCAUUUUCAAGGAGAAUCAUCGUUUCGCGGGGAUAAAGGAAAGUAUAGUCUGAUUAUUCUGAGUUGCUGUUCCUAGAAAGUUGAUGGAAAUUUUACUUCAUUUGGUCCAGGAUAUGAAGCUCGUGGCAUUUGAUAGCUCUUUUGAACAUAUUACAAAGACUUGUUAGGUUGAGCAGUGUACUCAUAGUAGACUAAGGAGAGAGGUUUCAACCAUGAUGUUUUUGUUGCUUUGUUCUAAGGGGCCACCGAUUAAACGGAGAGCAGGACUAAGGAUCAAACAAGCUGGGAGAGGCUCAUAUAGGGGCAGUUAGAGAAGGUUUUGUGUUUGCAAUUUGGGCUUUGAAUUUUGUUAAUAACUACGAAUUUGUGAGUUUGUGACCUCAAAAGUUAGCGAAUGGGGACUCAUCAAACUUUGAGGCAGUUUCUGAUGAGCCUUUGUGAUCAUUCCCACUGGAAAUAUGCUGUUUUCUGGAAACUCAAUCACCAUGUUCCUCUGAUUUUGACUUGGGAGGAUGGGUAUUGUGAUAUUACAAAACCAGCAGAAAGGAAGUCAGAUGACAGUUAUUUCAAUGGAACAGAGGCAUUAUCAUUUUCAGGCUUUGAAAUAACCAUGCGUGAUAUUGGAUCCAGGGGAUGUCCAAUCGAACUUGCAGUGGCUAAUUUAUCGUGUCUUCAGUAUGCUUUAGGCGAAGGGUUGGUUGGUGAGGUGGCUUACACAGGGAACCAUGCUUGGGUUUUCCUCAACGAUUUAUCCACCGGAUAUGUCUACAGCAAGUUGGUUCCUGAAUGGACAGAGGAAUGGCUUCUCCAGAUUUCAUUGGGUGUCAAGACAGUCUUGCUUGUACCUGUCCCUGAUGGGGUGUUGCAACUUGGCUCAUUGGAAACGGUUGCUGAAGAGAUGGCAGCAGUUGGUUUAAUCAGAGACAGAUAUGAUGCUUUUCAUACCAUGAUGGAUGAGAGUUGGCCUUUUACGUUAACACAGAAUACUCAGGACCAUUCAUCAUUAUCACAAUUCUCUGGCCAAAUGGAGAACAUAAGAGAGAGUACAGGUCUUAUCAUUAGCCAACUGAAAACUGAGAAAGUGGACAAUUUCGACGAUAUGAGAAUGAAGAAAUACAGUUUGUCUGCUUCAAAUGAGUAUGGCCCCCUGCAUACUGUUCAGCAUCUGCCUAUUAUGGGAAAAGGUGUGACGGAUUUUAUUGAAACUACAAGUGAAGAUGGAAUCCAUUUUCCCUAUGCGUCAACUUUUCCUAGUCAAACUAUCAAUACAAACAAUUUGGAUAUCAUAGACACUAAGAUGUUUGGAUCGUCCUGUAUAGAAGAAGAACUACUAGCUUAUUCUUUAUCUAGUGGUGACAAUGUGGAGCUCUUCGGAAAAUCCUUGAGCGAACUUAAUUCAGUCUAUGAUGGAGCCAUGGCAGCACAAUUAUUUGGAGACAAUCAUAUUUAUAAUGGCACUUGCGAAGAAAUGAACAGUUUCUUCAGAUUUUCUGAAGACUAUGGACUAAAUAGUUCACUUCCGUCAACUAGUCGUAAAAGAACUCAUGAGCAAUUUUGGAACUCAUCUGAAUUUAGUGAGGAUCCAUUCAUCAAUAACUCAAGUUUGCUCUACAAUAAAGAUCUCAUGGACAUCGUUGAACCAUCAUGGUUUACCAGAGGAACUGAUGCAGGGCAAAUGUCAGAAGCUGUGGUAACCAACCUAUGUACCUUCUCAGAUGAUGCUUUAUCUAGUGCAUCUGACAGUGUACGCUCAUGCACAACAAGACAGUCCUCUCCUUUUCUUCAGCCACAAGUAAGAUCAAAAGUAGAUUCUCGGAUGAGCAAUCUUUCUGUGCAACAGAAUCUUACCACACCUGUGUUUCUUGCCAAAGUCGAUAGUUCAACUUCUCUCGAUGGCAUGACCAGCUCAUUGACCGAUGAAGGUCAGAAAGAUCAAGUUCGUGUUCAAUCUGGUAAGGGAAGAAAGCUGUCUAAUUUAAAAAGUACCCGCGGUAGAAGUGGCAACAUCCAAAAGCAAAGGCCAAGGGAUAGACAGCUGAUCCAGGAUCGAGUCAAGGAACUGCGGGAACUCGUCCCAAAUGGUGCUAAGUGUAGCAUUGAUGGCCUUUUAGAUCGUACCGUAAAGCAUAUGCUGCAUCUAAGAAACGUGGCCGACCAAGCAGAGAAAUUAAAGAGCUUUCCACAACAAGAGGUGACCAGAGACAAUAACAGUAAAUUAUACAAUAAAACUGAGAGCACCCAAAAUGGCACAAGCUGGGGUUUUGAAUUAGGAAACGAGCUCCGAGCUUGUCCCAUAGUCGUGAAAGAUCUGGAAAAGCAAGGGCAAAUGCUUAUUGAGGUUCCUUGUGAUGACCACGGCCUUUUUCUGGAGAUCACUCAACUUAUCAAGCGAUUAGAUUUGACUAUCUUGAAAGGUGUGAUGGAAAAUCACUCAGGUGACUCGUACGCUCAUUUUGUUGUUGAGGCUACCAAGGGUUUUCACAGAAUGGAGGUAUUUUUACCUUUGUUGCAUCUUCUACAGCAUGCAAGAAAUCGCAUCUCCAACAAGAUUUGAUCCAUCAUCAUAAGACACGGCAAAAGGAGAGGCUAAAUCUUUAGCUGUACUUUUUAUAAGCUUAGUGUACAAAUCAGAUCAUUUCCAGUGUGUCGUUUGAAUGAGAGAAAAAAACUAAGCUUUCCUGAGAAGAAUAAUAGUAUGUACAAUGUUGGUGUUACACAGGACUAAAAGUGUGCGAGAGAGGGAGAGAAUCUGACAAACCAAUCUGAGUAAUGUGUCUUCUAUUUCUAGCAAAACUGUCACGUUAUGUCAUGUGUUUUUUUCUCUUUAGCAUCAUCAACUGUAGCUCAGUUGGGUGUUUCAGCCAGCAUCAAGGUGUGCCACCAACCACAUGCAAUGUUUAUCGGCACAACACCGGAGAUUCUUGUAACUUGCGAUGGGGUACCCCGGUCAACUGAAUCCCCCAAGCCAAGCUACAUCCAAAUAGAAUGACAUAGAUUUUUAGAAGGGAUCAAACUCUUAUUAGAAACUUGGUAAAAUUAGAGAUCUAAAGAGGAAUAGUUUGGUCUCUCUUGGAUAUAUUUCAAUAUGUAAAAACUUAAUGUUAGAUUGAGUAAACUGCUUCUUAGAACUUUAUUUGAGCCUUUUUAAAGAUUUGGUGUGCCAAAAUGGGUAAUAAAAUGUAGGACUAUUUGCAA